AUGCCUCAUCCCAUGCGCUGUCAAGGCGGAGCCAACUAUGUGUUUUUCGAUAAGACAAAGAAUCAGUGGAGUGACAGAGCAUCGUUUGUUAAAUGUCCAGGGAAAUAUGAUUUACUGAAAAUUGAUUACAAGCCACGGGACGAUGAAGAUGAAGACAAGGUCGAUGGCCCUGAGGACACUUCAUCACAAAUCGACACGAAACCAACCAAACCAACAUCUCAUCUUGACACCCGACUUCAACAAUUGACUGAACUAAUCUGCAACGUCAAGGCAAUGGAAGAAACGGUUGUUGAAAUGAAAUACGACACGAAGAAGGCCCCACUAGGCAAACUGACAAAGGAUCAGAUCAAGGCAGGAUAUGUGGCUUUAAAAAGGAUUGAAUCGUGUAUUAGAGCUAACGAUUAUGGUGAUAGCUUGGUGCGUUUUGUUUGCAAGCUGUUUGACAUUGUAGUAACUAAGUUUUUAUGUUUUGUUUGGUUACGCUUACAGGCUUUUGGUGAUAUUGAGAUAGCCAUGCGUGUGAUGAGUGAAAAGGGCCAUGCAGAUGAGCAUCCAAUUGACAGACAGUAUACUUCACUAAAAUGUCAGAUGACUCCUCUAGACAAAGAAGUGGCUGAGUACAAGCUUGUUGAGUGUUACGUUAAAACAACACACACCAAGACUCACAAUCAAUACACUCUGGAUGUCCUCGACGUUUUCUCUAUCGACAAGAAGUCAACAUUCACCGACAUCGGCAACUGGCAGCUCUUAUGGCAUGGCUCUAGGCUGACCAAUUGGGUUGGCAUUCUGAGUGAAGGUCUCAAGAUUGCACCCCCAGAAGCACCAGUCACAGGCUACAUGUUUGGAAAAGGUGUCUAUUUUGCUGAUAUCUGUUCGAAGAGUGAGAACUAUUGUUUUGCUACUCGCUCGAAAAACGUCGGUCUUCUUCUACUUUGUGAUGUAUCAUUGGGGACAACGAAUGAUUUGUUAGCUGCAGAUUAUGAUGCAGAUCAGCUGUCGCGUGGAAAGCAGAGUGUUAUGGGGAAAGGAAGGAUUGCACCUAAUCCAGGGAAUAUACACACAAUGUCUGAUGGUUGUGUCGUUCCUCUCAGUCCAACUUGUGAUACCAAAGUACAUAACCCACACGGCUACACACUGAACUACAACGGUGAGUCAACCGUCCUACGCACCUUUCAGCCACAGACAACAGACCAACAUUUGUAUUUCGUCGUAGAGUACGUCGUAUAUGAUGUGAAGCAGAUCAAGAUGCGUUAUCUGGUGAAGCUGAGAUUCAAUUUCAAAUAG